CAACCGGGGCCGGGCAGCAGAAGAAGUCAGCUACUUCAUUGCUAGCUGUGUAAGUUGGAGUACUUGUAUGUUGCCGUGCCGUGCCGUCGUUUCUUUCUGACCGUUAACGGGAGCUUAGUUUGUCAUCGUUGGUGUUAUGGAACUGGACAAAAUGGACGAGAACGACUGGAAGUAUCAUGGAGAGGGGAACAAGAGCCUGGUGGUAUCACACGUACAGCUUUCAAGAGUUCUGCGCCUACUCAAGUACCCAGCCGAGGACUCUGAAAAUCCCCCACAGACAGUGGAGCAGGCCUUUAGGCAGAUCCAGAACAUUGUUGACUUCAGCUCCAACGUGAUGAGCAGCCUGCUGGGAGAGAAGUUCAUCCACAGCGGGGAAGUGGUCAAACUGCCGCUAGAGUUUGUGCGACAGUUGUCAAUCAAAGUUCAACAUCAAAGACCAGCCUGGCGCUGUGAGAAGGUGAUGGACAUCUACAGCGGCUGUGCACUCUGUCUACCCAACCUGACAUCUCCAGCCCUCCACCAGCCAACACACACUCCUCCACUCUGUAUCGAGAUCAAGCCUAAAUGUGGCUUCCUGCCGUCCUCUAAACACGUCAGCAAAGACAUCAAGACCAAAGUGUGCCGCUUCUGCAUGCACCAACACUACAAGGUGGCCAAUGGAAAGUGGAAGAGACGCAGUCUGUACUGUCCUCUCGACCUUUUCUCAGGAAAUGAACAGAGAAUGCACUUUGCCAUCAGACACCUGAUAGAAGAACCUCAGAACAACUUCAAAAUCUUCAAGGGCGGUCAGUGUAUCUACAGCAGCAAGGAGGGCAGUGACGACGUCAUGGACCUGACUUCUCUGCUGCAUCACCUGCGACCAUACUUCCAGCAUGGAAACAACAGGAUCAACAGUCACAUGACCAGCAAAGCUGUCCUUAACGACUUCAUCCAGGUCCUGGUGAAUGCCCUGCUGAGUGGGGGUGGAGGAGAUGGAGGGGUGGUGACGGACAGACAAGGAGAAGGACGGAGCUUCUGUGAUGCAAGUGUGUUCAACAAGGAGAGGAUUCGCCAUGGCUCUCAGGGUUUACCCAGUGACAGUGUUUUGUUCAGGACACGUCAGACUCAGAUGUUGGACACGCUGGACAUUGAAGGACUUUACCCUCUGUUCCGCCGGGUGGAGCAACACUUGCAGGACUUCCCUAAAGAGAGAACUCGUCUUCAGAUGGAUGGACCGUACAACGAGGCCUUCCUAGAGAAGCUGCAGAAGUGUCCAAUUGAGGACGACGGCUCUGUGGAGUACGCUGUCGCCAAGGUCCAUCAGUACCGCGUUUCCAUGACAGCCAAGGACUGCUCCAUCAUGAUCACCCUGGUACCUAGAAGUGAGGAGGAAGAGGAUGAUGAAGGUCUUUCCAGUCAGAGGUGGCUCAGGGACUUCCUCUCCUCCAGACCUCCUGCCUUCUCUUACUCAGUCUCCAUCUUGGAUCUGGACCCGAAGCCGUUCGACAGCAUCCCCCGCCAGUUGCGCCUGGACCAGAAGAUCGUCUCCUGCUACCUGAGGACUGGUGGUGCCUUGCCAAAGGGCUCUACGCCGCCGCACUCUGGCAUCUUCACAGCAGCAGAGAGAGAGGACUGCACGCUGCUCUUCCACCCUGUGUGAUUGGCCAACAAGAGCCGGACAAAGACCCUGAAGACGAAGACUGACUGACUCCACACUGAUGCUUCAGCCAGAGACGCCAUGUUGAUGCAGAGGUCUAGAAUCCCUUCAUACCAGAGCUGUUUAUCUGAGACGUUACUGCAGCACUUUGUCUUCGCCCAUGCUAACAGUUACCAGCUCAGCAAAAGUAAAAUCUCCAGGAAGUCAACACUUAACCACCAGACGUUUAAGUGACUUCCAAUAUUUCUGUUACUGGUUCUAGAGUUCUUUUGUGUCGUCGUGGAGACUUCUCAUCCCUGUCAGGAGGUGAAUCCCAACAUCGUUCUGUCAUGAUUCAUAUUUAUUAGAAAAUUAACUUUAAAAAGAGUUUGGAUUUACCUCCUGGCAACAACAUGGCCGCUCUCUGCGGCAACACUGCUGACAGUGACGCUCUGAGUGAAAGAACGACAACAGAAAAAUUAAAGCGAGGGAGAUAAGAAAAUAGAUGGUUGGGCUUAGACGUAUGUCGUUUCCUGAAUGUAGGCGAGGCCAAUAUGUAUGCCCAGGUAGAACUGGUGUUCUCUUAACAUCAGCAUCGUAACAGAAGCACUUGUUACCAUAGCUACAGCCACAGAGAAGGGCUGAUGUUUCCUGUCUCUGUUAGACUCCAGAGGUUUUCAGUGCAUGUCAUCACGCUGAUCUACUCCUGUUUGAUUGAGAAGAGGAGCCGCGGUGUUUGCUUGUAUUGAAAACCUUCAUGAACGAGGUGCGAGGAGGAGCGAUGUCAAAGGUCAAAUGUCUGUGACUUGUUUUUUUUCUUUAUGAGGGAGGAGCGGAGUUAAAGGGCCAGUCGCUCCCUCUAGCGAUAUCUAUCCAGGUUUUUAUGCCUCCACUACAAUAGAGCAAACAAAUGACUUCUCAGAAACAGUCCCACUGUAACUCUGCAUAAGCUACAGAAGACAAAAAAAAAAUAGUUCCAAUAAAAACAAACAUCUAUUGUAUUGUGGUGGAGAACCGUAUCUCAAAACCUGGACCAAUAAACCAAACAAGCUGCAUGGAGCUUUCCCUCGAGGGAAGAGAGAACACCCACUCAGUGGUGUGUUUAUCAGCUACAGCUGUACAUUAGGAUGCAGUCCAGCACAACAGCCCUGUUAUCAAUUUUAUUUUUAAGAAACUUUUGUUCUUUUAAUGUUGAUACUGUCAGAUGUUAUAUUAUACUAGGUUUUGUCCAGCUCAUUUACAUACGUGAGAGGGACAGAACUCAAUAUAAUACAGUCCAGGUGCUGUGGUAUGGUUUUAGUACUGAGUGUAUAUACAAGUCAUUUGGGUAAACCGACCCUUUAAGGUCCAACUGGGACCAAGCAGAUUUUGGAGGAUUCUUCAAGCGAAGCCUUUUUUUUUGUUCUGACAUAAAUCCUGCUUUUGUGUUGGAAAAAAAGCACAUUAUCUUAACUCUUAUUGUUGCCGCAGCCGGUUUUGUUGGAAGAAAAGCAGCAUAUUAGUAGUUGUGUAACACUCCAGUGUUUACUAACCUGGUGAUAGGUAGCUUUGUAAAGGUACGGUUACAUUACACUUCGGUGCUGGGAAUAUUCUUCUCUUAUUUACAGCUGAAGCCCAAAACCACAAAGUCAGCCACAUGCUUGCUGGUCAGAGUUGACCUUUGACCUGUGAGUCCACACAGUCGGCCAAUAGAAACACUGAUGGUAGUAUGUUCUAUGAAACUGUUAAAACCAAUUUAUUUUGCAGUAUCCCUGGCCAGGCUUUGCCGGUUUUGGAAAAGCAUUGUGGGACAGAGUAGGUGAGUUAGACUAGUCCGAUGCUUAGAGAGAUUCUGAAUUAUUCCGACAUCUAGAUAUUUUGCAGGUUUUGCAUUUGCAACCAGCAUUUUGGCCAAAUCCAUACGUAUAGCAGGCGGGUUGGAAUCACACUACCAGAAGACUAAUGUGACCGUACCUUCCUAGAGCAGAGGAUUUUAAAUGGAAGCCUUCUUUCUCUUCAGAGGUCAGCGUGUCCGUUCUAUUUCAGAUCAGUUUAACCCACCAGAGCAAAGGCUGCUGGGUAACAGAGCAGUCCUCUUCAGAGUCAGCUUAAUGCUGCUCUGCUGGUUUUCUGUGCCAUAAGUGGCUUGAUGUGUAUUUGUCCAUGUGCCUAAAUGUUCUGGUUGGACUGGAGGGGGGGUGUGUGUGUGUGUGUGUGUGUUUAGAAUACUCACUUUGUUACAGGGUGCGUUCACAGCUAAGAUCUGAGAUAUAUAUCUGUGUUGGUUCGUCUCUGUUCAGACUGACAUCGGAUCAGUGGAGGCUGCUGUGGACGCAGCCGUGAACUCUCAGUACCUCGAACACCUGAAGACCCCAACUGAACUGAAGCUCAACAGGGUCAGCUGGUGUUUGCAAAGCGAUGCGUUUAGGAGCGCUGGGAGGUUUAAGGACAGGGCUGUGAUGUCACCAGGAGUUGAGACUUGCACCCAGUUUGGUGUCUUAGCAGCACUCUGUUACCAUCAGCAGAUGGGUGCUGACUUGAGUCUCUCUGUUGUCAGGUACCAACCUGGGAUUUUCCUCCUGGUGAUCUCAUCGUCCUCUUAAACCAGCCGCGCUCACAGAGGCUUAACAUAAACUGGUAACACUUGACUUCAGUUCCUGUUUACAGUGUCCACUCUCCAACCUCCAUCAGCCAAUCAAACGUCUGAAAACAAAUCACACUACACGACAAAGUUCAGACGACAGAAAAGUCUUCACACUCCACACUGAUGUCCCGUCGUUUGUCAGCAGCAGAUCAACAUCUCUGAUGUUCUGUUCCAUCCACACACUAAAAGGUGUAAGAGCAGAUAGAUUACAGUCCGUUCAGCCGAACUCUAACACUCGUUACUCUGGACAGCUGGAGAGUGGACAGCAGUGAACUGAACCAACCACUGAUAUUUUAACUGUUGAACUGAAGAUGCAACAGGCAGCUUGACAGAAAAGCAGAGGCUCAUGGGAGUUAAGUGGAUAUCUCUCUGAGUUAGACAGUUGAAGAUUUGAUGCUACUAAGACUUAAUCGAGUUAACGUCUGAACAGUUUAACAAACAUAUUAACUUUAUGCCAAAACAUCCCAUCACAGAUGCCGCAAAUACGUCUUAACAGAUUUUAAUUUUUUUUCAAUUGUUCCUAAUUUUACUUUUAUUCUACACGUGCACGACAGUGUUUGGACCAUAAACAUUGUCAUGUCUGUGUGGAAUAAUAAAAUAAAUGGCCAUCGCGGUAACUUUAUCUCAAAGUGAUUUAACUAUGGUUGUGAAGGUUUUUCUAGAGCUUUCAACUGUAUUACACAGUCAUGGUCAGCAGAUUGAGUUUAGUCAAACUUUAAAGUCAACGAGAAUCAGAAGUGAUAGGUGCUCAGACGUUUCCAUGACAACUGGGUCAACAUCUCCAGAACAAGAGAGCAAAUGGACCCUGAGUUGAGAUGGAUUUGUGAAAACCCUAAUUUCAUAAAGACAUUCGUACUUUGAACCAUCUUUGUGUGGUUUAGGUUGGAAAAAGUUAAAGUCUUAUCGUGCAGCAGACAGAAUAUUUUUUCAUACAGAUAAACGAAGAAUUAAGGAUUCUGGAAAUAUUGGGUUCAGAUUGUCCAAGAUUUAAUGCAAUCCCCGGUAAAAUGUAGAACUGCUAGAUUGCAAAAUGAUUUCAUUUAAGAUCAUGUUAAAGAUUACAGAAGAGCUCUUUUGUAAUUAGGGAAAAUCAAACCGUUCUCACAGGGAGACGGAGCUUGGGCAGGUGAGCUGCCGUCUGAUUGGCCGGUUGCCUGUGCCCUGCUCGCUGCCUGCAGCACUGUGAUACCCACAGACUUCUAAUAACUGCGUGUGUGUAAAUAGCUGAGAGAAGAAAACUAUUUCAAAAUACAGAGGCAACACUGCUGUUUGGCAUUUUGUAUUUAAAUUAUUUAUUUUUGUAGAUUUUGACCAAUGAGCACUGCUGUUAAAACUGUCACGGUCAUGCUCUUUCUAUUGAAUAAAGAUUUCUAAGAGACUAA